CAGGCAGUAAGUCUAUCACGGAAAUCCGUUCCGCCAGCUUGAAGAUCAUACCAUUGUGGGUUAACUUGGAGCUUGCUGCGUUUUUGCGGCUCUACGAACAGACUGGCCUAGGGGCGUUCAUCGCACAGGUAGAAGCUGCGUCGAAGGGCAGUGGAUAUACUGGCGCCGGAAACGGAAACCACAUUGGGAUUGGAGGUGGUGGUAGCAUGAAUUUCAGUCAAAAAAGUAGUCGAAUCAGAAGCCAAGGUGGCCAAGAAAAUGGCACAGACGCCUUGGCUCGCUACUUGCGUGCUUUUGGCAGGAGGAGCAUGGGUCAUGGCGCGUCUUCAAUAUUAUCGGCAACAGCUACUUCCUCAGGUGGAAAAGGACUAGGAUCUUCAUCACCACGUGAAGCACGAGCAUCAUCUUCUUC